CGGGAAACUAAGCACCAUGGCAGACGCUCUCUUCAUCGACAUCACCACCCCCAAUGGCCGGCGGUAUCAGCAGCCGACCGGUCUUUUCAUCAACAACAAGUUCCGUCCGUCGUCAGGCGGACAGACAAUCACUUCGCUUGAUCCUGCCACCGACGAGCCCAUCGCCACCGUCCACGCCGCUACAGCCGAAGACGUCGACGCUGCCGUGCAAGCCGCAAAGGCGGCCCUCUCACACCCGUCAUGGAAACUGCUUCCCGGUACAGAACGAGGCCAGAUGAUGGGCCGGCUAGCCGAUCUGAUGGAGCAGAACAGGGAGCUAUUCGCGUCAAUCGACGCGUGGGAUAACGGAAAGCCUUACCACGUGGCCUACGAGGAAGACCUCACGGAAGCCAUCACCACCAUCCGCUACUACAGCGGCUGGGCAGACAAGUCCUUCGGACAGACCAUCAGCACUACGCCCCAGAAAUUCGCGUAUACACUCCGCCAGCCCAUCGGAGUCGUCGGACAGAUCAUCCCCUGGAAUUACCCGCUUUCCAUGGCGACGUGGAAGCUUGGGCCUGCGCUUGCCUGCGGAAACACAGUCGUUAUCAAGGCUGCGGAGCAAACGCCACUAAGUAUCCUUGUUCUCGCGACGCUGAUCAAGGAAGCCGGGUUCCCGGCGGGAGUAGUGAAUAUCAUCAAUGGGUAUGGAAGGGAAGCUGGCGCUGCGUUGGUGCAGCACCCGCUGGUCGAUAAGGUUGCGUUCACCGGAUCCACCGCCACCGCCAGGGAGAUCAUGAAAAUGGCGGCUGGGACGUUGAAGAAUAUCACCCUCGAGACGGGCGGUAAAUCACCCCUGAUCAUUUUCCCGGACGCGGACCUGGAGCAAGCGGUCAAAUGGUCUCAUUUCGGAAUCAUGUCGAACCAGGGGCAAAUCUGCACCGCGACGUCCCGGAUCUUCGUGCACCGGAGCAUCCUCGACUCUUUCCUCGCCAAAUUCAAAGAAACCAUCGAAACGACCUCCAAGAUCGGCGACCAAUGGGACUCAACCACCUUCCAGGGCCCACAGGUCACCCGGACCCAAUACGAGCGAGUCCUCGAAUACAUCGACAUCGCGAAGAAAGAGGGUGCGACAGUCCUCACCGGCGGAAAGUCCCACACGCCCACCGACCCCAAAAACGCAAAGGGGUACUUCAUCGAGCCCACCGUCUUCACAAACGUCACGGACAACAUGCGCAUUUGCCAGGAAGAAGUCUUCGGGCCCGUGGUCGUCAUCCUCCCCUUCGACUCGGAAGACGAGUCCGUCCGUCGCGCGAAUGAUUCCACCUAUGGCCUUGGCGCGGCGGUCUUCACGAAGGAUCUGGAGCGCGCGCAUCGCGUCGCCGCGGAUAUUGAGGCCGGCAUGGUCUGGAUCAAUAGUAGUCAAGACUGUGAUCCACGGAUUCCUUUUGGGGGCGUGAAGCAGAGUGGUAUUGGGAGGGAGCUGGGGGAGGCGGGGCUGGAGGCGUAUUCGUCGCUGAAGGCGGUGCAUGUUAAUUUGGGGAGUAGGCUUUAGGCUUUAUCAUUUACUAUCUGGACUGUUGCUUGGUAUAUUGUCUGUGGGUGGGUAUUUGGG